AUGCCAUCAGAAGAUAAAAAGAAGAAAGCUCAAGCGAAGAAGGAUGCAGCGAAGAAACGAAACCAGAAGCCAGCCAAAACUGUACUGUCACAGCCAGAUGGUGAAGGUGAUGAAAAGAUAGCUGAUAAUGGAAGUGUUGAUGUUCCCGAUGAUUUGCCGUCUGGAUCAUCAGACUCCACUCAUCACGCACGUGAUGAAGACUUUAUGGGUAGUGACGACGAAAAUGAAAAAGUUCACCAGUCUUUGGUUGAGACUUUAGAGUGCUUAGAUCUUCUUAGUGAACGUGUUGCUGCACAUCGGUCUGUCACUGGCGUUCUGGCAUCCCAUCCCGAAGCUAGAGAUGUACAAUUUUCAAAUUUGAGUGUAUCUUUUCAUGGAAAAGUUCUGUUGGCAGACACUCGUCUGGAACUAAACAAUGGUCGAAGGUAUGGAUUAAUUGGUCCAAACGGUUGUGGAAAAUCUACUCUGCUUGCUGUGAUAGCCAAUGGAGAAUUGGCUAUCCCACCACAUAUUGAUAUCUUUCUGUUGCAACGCGAAAUGGCACCUUCAAAUAAAACUGCACUACAGUGUGUAAUGGAAGUUGAUAAAGAGCGUGUCCGAUUGGAGGAGGAAGCUGCUCUGCUUUCAACGAGUGAUGAGCCUGAGGCGAGUGAACGUCUGUUAGAAGUGUAUGAUCGCCUGGAACAUUUGGAUGCUGAUAAAGCUGAACCUAAGGCUGCUGAACUUCUGCAUGGUUUAGGAUUUACUGCUGAAAUGCAAAAGAAAGAGGUUCGUCAUUUCAGUGGUGGUUGGCGAAUGAGAAUUGCUUUAGCCCGUGCUCUAUUUGUUCGACCUGCUCUUCUACUUCUUGAUGAACCAACUAAUCACUUGGAUUUGAAUGCCUGCGUUUGGUUAGAGCGUCAGUUAGUCAAUUAUCCACGAUGCCUGGUCGUUAUAUCUCAUUCACAAGAUUUUCUAAACGGUGUUUGUAAUCAUAUUGUCUUGAUGAAUAAACAAAAACUGAGCUAUUUUGGUGGCAACUAUGAUCAAUAUGUGCGUACAAGAUGUGAAUUGGAGGAAAAUCAAAUGAAACGUUUUAAAUGGGAACAAGAUCAAAUCGCCUCUAUGAAAGAUUACAUAGCUCGAUUUGGACAUGGAAAUAAGAAAAUGGCUCGUCAAGCGCAGAGUAAAGAAAAAGUUUUACAGAAAAUGGUAGCCGGUGGUUUGGCAGAAAAGGUUGAAGGUGAUAAAACGUUGACAUUUUACUUCCCUGACCCUGGAACAAUCCCACCUCCUGUCAUCCAGGUUCAACAAGUUAGUUUUCGAUAUGGACCAGGAAAGCCGUGGAUUUAUCGAAAUCUUGACUUAGCCAUUGAUUUAGAUCGUCGUGUUGCUUUAGUUGGUCCAAAUGGUGCGGGUAAAUCAACCUUGUUGAAGUUGAUUGCUGCUGAACUGGACCCAACUGAUGGUCUUAUUCGUCGUCAUUCACACCUUCGCAUAGGUCGUUAUCAUCAGCAUUUAGGUGAAAUGUUGGAUAUUAAUAUGAGUCCAGUCGACUGGAUGAUGAAGUGUUAUCCAGAAAUUAAAGAACGUGAUGAUAUGCGAAAGUUACUUGGACGUUAUGGUUUAAGUGGACCUCAACAGGUGUGCCCCAUUCGUACACUAUCAGAUGGACAAAGAUGUCGAAUUAUAUUUGCUUGGCUGGCUCAAAAAGCUCCUCAUCUACUGUUAUUGGAUGAACCUACAAAUCAUUUGGAUAUUGAAACGAUCGAUUCAUUGGCUGAUGCUAUUGAUGACUUUGAAGGUGGUCUACUACUUGUUAGUCACGACUUUAGACUUAUUUCACAGGUUGCGAAAGAAAUAUGGGUAUGUGAAAAUGAGACAGUGACUCCUUGGGAAGGUGAUAUUUUCUCCUAUAAAAAGUAUUUGAUGCAGAAUGUUUUGAAUGAAGCCUAA